AUGAAGGGGCAGCAAGGCUGCAAGCUCAAAUACUUGCGACUCGAUUUCAGCAUUCCUGGAAAAAGGGCUGCGGCUUGGGCUUGGGGGCAGGGAGCAUCUGGCAAGUCUAGGCCCAGCAAUUCUCGCGAAUUUGCAUGUUUGCGUGCAAGAUGGCAGCUGUUUGCGUCAAGGGGUGGUUUGAGAAUGCUGGUUCGUACGUUGCUGCUCGUGAGCGCCUUCCCUUGCACUGGGGAACGGCGCGAUUUGAGCACUUUGUUCAUUAACGAUGAGGGGGUUCGGCAUAAGAGUGCUUGCAGCGGCUUGUCGGAGUCGGCGUGUGCCGCAGAAGCCCAGUGUUUCUGGAAGACCAAAUGGCCUUACAAGUCAUGGUGUGAGUCUGUUUGCAAAGACUACAGCUCCGAAGGCAGCUGCCCACAUCCCCAAUGUCGCUGGGCCCGGAGUGGAUUUGGGAAAUUGUGGAAGAGUUGUGUUCCGCAGGAUUUCAGCGCAUGCCAAGCCAACCAUUGUCCCGCCGCCGACUGUGUUAAAGUACCAGGCGAGGUACCCAAAUGCUAUCCAAAGUGUUACAGGUUCGGACAUGACAAAUGUCCUGCACCCAUGUGCCGCUCUCACAAGGGUGGCCCAUGUGAGCCGGCCCAAGUGGUGAUGCAGGACUGCCUUGAUCUGAACAGGACGGAAUGUACCCUUUUGGCUCCAGAUCGAUGCGCUUGGGGAGGAGAGCCCGGAACCAUGAGAAAGCUUCUGGACAAAUUGUUCAAGACAACAGAUCCCAAAGAAGAACUUGGUUUUUGCGAAGAGGUUGGGUUUGUGGAUGCAUGGAAUAAGCUCAAAAAGGGCCAUUCGGCGGACUGGUUUGAAACUUGCGCUAGCCUCAGCACGCAUGCUUGCAGGAGUUUCACCGAACAUUGCGAAGUCAGGAAAUUUUUCAAUCGUGUUGAUCAGCGGCGAUGCACCUUAAACUGGAAGGAGGACGAGAGGGUUCAGAUUGAUGCCGUAAGCAUCCGCCUCAGGGCAGCUUUGCGCUGGAAGAAAUUCAAAGCUCACGCUGCUGAAAAGAGUUACCAGGCACUGUUCUUGUCGCUCAUGGCUGUUGGCGGACUGCUGCAGACCACAUCAGAUGUGAUUCGGUUUGUUGGAGCUUUUACAGGCCACGUGGUCGGCCUGGUUCCUUUGAUUGGGCAGCCACUUAAAAGGGUGAUCGGAGGACGGGGCGCGAGAAACGGAGUCUUUCUUCACAGAGGAGAGAAACAUGGGAUAUUUGACUAUGUUGCAGAUGGCGUUUUGCAGAUAAUGAAUGCCGGCCGCUAUGUCGUCUUUGACCCGAUCACCUCCAUGGAGGUUUCUGCAGAAGACAUGAUGAGCCGAAAAGAUGACCCCGUCGGUCUGAGCAUGAAAUGGGAGCAUGUGAUGCUUCCUUCCAUCAAGUUCUGCCAGCAGAUGUUCAACAACGCAAUGGUGCUUAGCGAAGAAACAGUCAGAGACCUUGCGAAAAAAUUGCGGGAAUCUGCUGAUAGCUGCAGAGACCGCCUGACAGAGAAUGUAGUCGGAGGAAGGAUAGGCAAGGUCAAUAAGUUCAAUGGGCAGGCUCUCAGUGGGCUGAAUGACGUGUGCGUGGAUUUGUGUAUGGCCCUGGUUGACACCUUGCACCACAACAUUGCCAACCUCAUGCUGGCAGCUGGGAUGGGGAGCAAGCCGUUGGACGAGUCCUGUGCCAGGUACGUUGUGCAACCAGUUGAAGCAGAGAUGUUGGGUUGUUGUGCCGAUCGCUGUGGCUGGACAGGCAAGUUCUGCAAAGACUGGCCCUUCAUGAGCAUUGCGUCCAAGAAAGUUUGGAUUGCCGAAUGUUGUACUGAGUACCAAGUUGUGGAAAAAUCAGAGCGUAGCCGUCUUUGCGACAGUAUCGGCAGCAAAGCCGAAAGAGAGGCCUUUCACAGAGAGGACCAGAAAGAGAAUCCUGAUGGAUACUUAGCCAGGACUGCUGGCUACACUGCAGCGAAGCGCUGGAGGGAGCUGUUUGCACCGGCAUCUUCGACUGAUUCCUUGGUGCAGACGCAAAAUGACGAUUGCGGCGAAAAGUUCAAAGACAAGAAUCACUGCGGAAAGCUAAAUGAAGACGCCGUGAGCGAGUGCACAAAUGCAGGGGGUUGGGUGCCCAUCAAGAAAGACAAGACAUCGGGAGAGUGCGAGUCUAUGUACCAGACAAUGGAGCGCAACAACUUGCACGUCUCGGUGGAACAUCCAGACGAAUGUCUCGAAGCCCUUGAGCAAGAAGACUUGUGGGCAGUUGAAUUUCAUCUGGAGCAAGUGUCUGUGGACACAAGGAAGAGUUACCAAGCAUCGUGCUACAAACACAAGAGGAGUGACGAGUUCUCGGACUGCUAUGACUGCAGCGACAAGAGGAGAUUGAAGGACAUUUCCGAGAGAGACAAGCCUGAGAGCUUGGAAGCAACAGCUUACGUGUUUCUGCAGUGA